AUGGCUCGAACCAUAGAUCGCAUAGACCAUGCUUCCAUACUGGAUAAGCUGCCCGAUGCGACUAACGCCAGGUUUGACGCGUUCGACGAUCGAGACGCAGUGGAAUGUCUCCAAGGCACUCGGACCGAGCUCCUCCAGCAGAUAAUGGAAUGGGCUAUGUCGCCGUCCCAAAAAUGCAUUUUCUGGUUAAAGGGAAUGGCUGGGACAGGAAAAUCCACAAUAUCUCGGACUGUGGCAAGGUCGCUCAAGGAUACCAACCAUUUAGGUGCUAGCUUCUUCUUUAAGAGGGGCGAAGGGGACCGAGGGAACGCGAAGAAGUUUUUCCCGACAUUAACAAGGCAACUGAUGCUCAUGAUUCCUGUGUUGAGGUCUGGCGUGCACAAGGCACUCCACGAUGACCCUGACAUUGUGUCAAAAUCGCUUCGGGAGCAGUUUGAGAAACUACUCCUUCACCCGCUGCUCGAUCUUGACCAACACGGCCGACAACCUCAAGCCGCUGUGAUAGUGAUCGACGCUUUGGACGAAUGCGAACAUGACCAAGAUGUCCGAAACAUCAUUCGAUUACUGCCUCUUCUACAGAAAGCAAAAUCGGUUCGUCUUCGGAUCUUCUUGACUAGCAGACCCGAACUCCCAAUCAGUAUCGGCUUUUCAGAGAUCGCGAAUCAUGGGUAUCAGGACCUAGCUCUUCAUGAGAUACCCGAAAAGGUGACAGAACGUGACAUACAUUUAUUCCUGCAGGACCGAUUUGCGAAAAUCAAACAGGACAGAAAUAUUUCCCAAGACUGGCCCGGCGAUAAUGUUAUCCAGAAAUUGGUUACGGUGUCCGUUCCCCUAUUUAUUUCGGCUGCCACCGUGUGCCGUUAUAUCGAAAAUACAAUAUGGGAACCUAAAUUACGCCUUACAGAACUUCUAACGGACCAAGCCAAAUAUGUAUCGAAAAUGGAUAAGACAUACCUGCCAAUUCUGAUGCGACUACUGGACGAUCGAGAGAGUGAUGAAUCGGAGCAGCAGCAGCUCCUGCAAGAGUUCCAGGACAUAGUUGGUGUCAUCAUCCUUCUCGCUGAUCCGCUUUCUAUAAAUGCGCUGUCACUGUUUCUUGGAAUAGGAGCGGACCGGAUCGGCAAUCGAUUAAAUUCGUUCCGCUCUGUUUUGAGCAUUCCCGGUAACCGAGAUCAGUCUGUAAGGAUUCUACAUCUAUCGUUUCGGGAUUUUUUGGUCCAGUCUGGAACCAAAUUUCACGUGGAUGAGCCAAAAAAGCACAAGAAAAUUGCUCACUUAUGUCUCAAAACGAUGCAAAAUCAUCUACGGAAAGAUAUCUGCGAUCUAGAAAGCUCUGGAACGUAUAGGACAGACGUCGGCCCUCAAUAUAUCCGCCAAUAUCUACCGCUGGAACUACAGUACUCUUGUCGCUACUGGAUACACCAUCUCGAGCAAAGUCAGGAUCUAUCUUCCGGGAUAGAAGAUGUGCUACUUUUCCUCCAGAAGCAUUUUCUGCACUGGUUAGAGGCGAUGAGUCUACUGGGUCUUAUAUCGGAGGUGGUGGGUAUGCUUGAUCUCCUCCGCACGGUUGUACUAGGCGACAGCAAUUCUGUAAUAUCGGAAUUUCUGCAUGAUGGAACGCGCUUUGUUCUGAAAAAUCGCCAGAUAGCCGACGAAGCACCACUUCAGAUUUAUUACGCAGGGCUAGUGUUUGCACCUCGAACGUCAGUAAUUCGUAGAGAGUUCAAGUCGGAGCUUCCAACUUGGAUAUGCCAGUUCCCACAAGUUGAGGAAAAAUGGAGCGCAGAAUUACAGGCUAUCGAGGGCCACUCAAAAUGGGUUAACUCGGUGGCCUUCUCGCCCGACGGCCGGCUGCUGGCGUCCGGCUCUGACGAUAAGACAGUGCGGCUCUGGGACACGGCGACGGGCGGCCUGCAGCAAACUCUCGAGGGCCAUUCGGGCUGGGUUCGCUCGGUGGCCUUCUCGCCCGACGGUCGGCUGCUAGCGUCCGGCUCUAGCGAUAACACCGUGCGGCUCUGGGACACGGCGACGGGCGGCCUGCAGCAGACUCUCGAAGGCCAUUCGGGCUCGGUUCGGUCGGUGGCCUUCUCGCGCGACGGCCGGCUGCUGGCGUCCGGCUCUUACGAUGAGACAGUGCGGCUCUGGGACACGGCGACGGGCGGCCUGCAAGAGACCUUGAAGACCAAUGGAAUCGUCAACAAACUCGACUUUUCUCAAGAGGGUUCAUAUCUAAUCACUAACUUGGGCACCCUCGACAUUCAAUCUGGGCACGAAAAUUUUGCUUCUACUUCAACCCAUAAGAAUCCGGCGAUCUUCAUUGAGCAAGGACGGUGGAUAAACAUGAAUGGCAAAAGUGUACUAUGGCUUCCUCCUGACUUUCGGCCUAGCUGUUCCGCGAUUAAUGGGGAUUUACUUGCGUUGGGACACGCAUCAGGGCGGGUUUCUUUCCUACGGUUUCAUCUAUAG